CGGAAGUGGUGGGACCGAUUUGGUAAGGCAAAAAACUCCUUGGACACUGGCCCCACUUUCGCCACAACUCGAUUGACCACCUUGUCAAGAUAGUGGAAGGAGGAUGUUUGGAAAAGCAGCACAGCCCAACUUCAGUGAGUGUCAAGUGGUGGAUCUGGUGAAGAGGCUGUUCCAGUUGACUGUAGCGAAGGCCCAUCCGCUGCCCAGCUAUGACGAUCAGAACUUCCAUGUGUCGGCCGGCGACGGCGCGGAGUACGUGCUGAAGAUCAUGAACUCUGAGGACAGUAAGAACCCAGACCUGAUCGAAGUGCAGACGUAUGCCAUGUCCUUCCUGCACCAGAACGGAGUCCCCGCCCAAACUGCUGUGCUAAACCUGAAGGGGCAGCUCCUGAGUUUGGAGGAAAUGGAUUGUGGUUACGGUCCUCAGAAGUACCUGGUGAGGUUGCUGACUUACCUGCCUGGAGUCAUGCUGUCUACUGUUGCGGUUUCCUCGCAGAUCCUUUUCGAAGUUGGCAAGAUGGCCGCAGAAAUGGAUCAAAUUUUUCAAAAGAUGGAGCAUCCUCAUCUUGGUACUCUGCAGAGGGAGCAGUUCAGAUGGAGUCUGUCCAGCAUCCCUCUGCUGGAGUCUUACUUGAGUCUGCUGGAUGGAGAGCCUCUGCAGGAGGUCGCCAAGUCUGUCAUCCACCAGUAUAAAACCACUGUGGCCCCCAAAUACUCUCAGUUCCGCAAGUGUAUCAAUCAUGGCGACUUCAAUGAGCUCAACAUACUUGUGAAGCCCGACGAGACAAGCAGCUUCAGGAUUUCUGGAGUCCUGGACUUCGGGGACAUGAGCAGCGGCUAUUUCGUCCACGAGCUGGCCAUCGCCAUAAUGUACAUGUGCACUCAGCACCCGAAUCCCGUGGAGGCUGGUGGGCCGGUCCUAGCAGGGUUCUCCAGUGUCUUUCCUCUCAAUGAGGCGGAGAAAGAUUCGCUAUACAUCCUGGUGCUGUCUCGCUUCUGCCAGUCCCUGAUUUUAGCUCGGCACGGAAUCAGCUUGCACCCAGAGAACGCAGAGUACCUUAUGAUCACGCACAGGAAGGGCGUCGGCAUCCUUUCUGAACUUUGGGAGUUAGGGAAGGAACACGUGGAGGAAGUUUGGUUCCAGUCUGCUGCUCGUCUCGCUUGACAGCGUAUCGAAUCAAAUAUGUAAAACGUACUGAAAUAUGAAGGUCUGAAUAUUUAAAGUGCUUCUCUCAAAGUUACUUUUUUUACACUGCAGUCUGUUGACUGAAGGACUGUGACUUUUAUUGAAGAGCGGCAUUAGCUCACUUUUUUUUUUUUACAAGUAAUAUUUCAUUGAAAGUUUACUUUUGGUACUUUUGUUUCGGUCAAGAAUUGAUAUAUUUAGGAUGACUGACUGAAUUCAUGGUUUGCAUUGACAUGUAUUGCCCUCUGUGGUGCAUUGUAUCACUUUAAGAAGUGGGCUGUUUACCUGACUGGGCACAUGUUCCGCACUUGAAAACUGACUCGAUUAUUGAAGGAUUGUAGCCAGAAAUGAACACGCUCUGUAACGUAAUGUUUUCUGUAAAACAUGUCUCUCCAAUUUAAGACAUGCAAGGCCAACUGUCAAUGAAGUAACGGUCAAGUUGGUUCUUUAAAUGUGUUGAAAGAAGCGUUCUGAUUCUUUAAGGUGACACUUUCUUUCACAUCAAUCAACCUGUCACAAUGUUGUUAUAGCUGCUUAAAAAUAGAGGUAGGUUUUGCCAACAGAGGUUUGCUGCAAUGCAAAAACUGUGCAGAACAAGAGCACCGGAACACAGAUUUUUUUUUUUUUUUUAAGUAGUAUAAAAUUGACAGUGAUUUUUUUUGUUUUUUUCCUAGUGUCUGACUUAACCCAACUGUAUUUCUAGACCUCCACAAAGCGCUUUUCCUACUCUAUAAAUCCUUCUGCUCAAGUAAAAGCGCACCAUAAUUCCUUUCUGAAUUUUUUAGUCGUUAUUGUUUAUUUUUUUAUUUUUUUAAUUCACAUGUUGAAUAAGUCGCGACAGACGCUGUGAACAAUAGCGACAAUAAAGAGUGUCAGGACUGAUGGUUUUCCUCUUUCAGGUGUAACACUGCCCUCUUGUGUUUUUUUUUUAUUCAAUUUCACUUUUCGAAAGUGACGUUCAAGCAAUAUAUUUGCCGAUACUAGAGCAGCGCCAAGUCAAGUCGACACUAAUAUGGAUGUUACAUUUUAGUCCCAUGUAGCGUUUCAAAAUAAAUACAUGGGAAAAUAUUAUUAAAGUAAUAUAUCAUAUCAUUAUCAAUCAAUAAGUAUAAUUUUCAUUCUCCCAUAUCGAAAUGAUGCAUGGGACUGGGAUCAUACGUACUGGCGUGUGCUAGUUAAAGUUUGUUGUUGUGUGAAUGAAAGUAUUAGUGGAAUAGUGGUCAAGUUAAUGGACUAAAGGUUGCGGUUCCUGUGCAUCUUUAACUCACCUUCUCAACGCUGCAGCGAUAGGUUCUCAAUAAAGAUUACAGUUUAGAUUUAGCGUUAGAUUCUAUUGGUUCACCUGGUAUAUUUCGAUGACAAAAAUCGGCUUCACAAAGUGAGCUUGAAGUGUAACUGGAAUUACUGUCCCUGGGCAGUGAUACAUUAGGUAUGAUUUACUAGCAAAAACCACUUCCCACUACACAUUACUUUAAUGUUUUACAGUGUUAUCGAACCAUCCUUUAUAAACCCUGAACUCCGUCGCGUUUUUUGCUUUCAAACGUAUCAAAUAUUAGUUUUUCCAGCUGUCAAUUUUUCUCCCCACCAUUCUACAUCAUAAAUAUUGUUUGCAAGUCAAUAUUGUCUGACUGCAGACUGACAUCACGCUAGCCCGCGAUUUACAUAUACCCGUCCUGCAACCCCCCCCAAAGAAUAAAUAGAUGAAACGCGUUCAUUUGUGCAGUUAAAUAAAAGCUCCAGUGAAGUGUCUGACGUGCGAAAAGAUCUGCCGUGGUUGUUGUGUGUUACUGAGAUGACUGAUAACGAUUUGCUGUGUUCUUAAAUAGAAGUUAUGUACUGUAAGAAUGUGUGUGUUAUGUGUGUGUUUUUACAAAUACAUACACCUUUAUGCGUGUAUAUUAAAAAAAAAAAAAACUAUUAAAAAUACUAAAAGAGGUUAGUGAAAUCUUUCACUGGGUUCAUGUUCAGGAUGCGCGUGACCACCAUCCCUGUGAAGUUGGAGGAUUUUCACUGAUGAAUUUUGAAAUAAAUAUAUACUAUGUAUUGUAAUAACAUGUCUAUUAAAAAAUACUAAAAGAGGUUAGUGAAAUCUUUCGCUGGAUUCAUGAUCAGGAUACUCUUGACUACCAUCCGUGU